CAUGUCCACGACUGGCUUUGACGCAACUCAGAAGUGUCUUCGCUGUGCACAAGCGACAAGCCUACUGUGGGGGCAGGGCUGGAGGGAGUCCUAUCUCUGUAGGCUCGAUAUGAUAAGGUGCUGAACUGAAGCGACGCUUAUCCCGUUUCAGUACCAGCAGCCAUGGCCGAAAUAAAGACGGGUAUUUUCGCAAAAAACGUCCAGAAACGGCUUAGUAGGGCGCAGGAAAAGGUACUGCAGAAGUUGGGAAAGGCAGAUGAGACGAAAGAUGACCACUUUGAUCAAGCCGUCCAGAACUUCAAGAGACAGGAGACAGAGGGCUCCCGGCUUCAGAGGGAGAUGAAGGCAUACCUGGCAGCAGUGAAAGCAAUGCAACAGGCAUCCAUAAACCUGACAGAGUCCCUACAUGAAGUCUAUGAGCCGGACUGGCACGGGAAGGAUGAUGUCUUGAGCAUUGGAAAGAACUGUGAUGCCUUAUGGGAGGACUUCCAUCAGAAGCUUGUGGAUUCAUCGCUCAGUACCCUGGACACGUACCUCCAGCAGUUCCCAGACCUAAAGAUCCGUGUGGCGAAGAGGAGCCGGAAGCUAAUUGACUAUGACAGCGCUCGGCACCAUCUGGAGACCAUCCAGGCAGUAGCAAACAGGAGCGAUCGGAAGGUCACCAAGGCAGAGGAAGAAUUGAAAAAAGCCCAGAAAGUAUUUGAUGAGCUCAAUGUUGGUCUACAAGAUGAGCUACCAACACUUUGGGACAGCCGAGUCGGGUUCUACGUGAACACAUUCAAGAAUGUUACAAGCCUGGAGGCCAAGUUUCAUCGGGAAAUCUCUGUGCUCUGCAGACAGCUGUAUGAAGUGAUGACCAAGCUGGGAGAGCAACACUCGGACAAAAUGUUCACCAUUCAGGGGGCGCCAAGUGAUUCAGGACCUUUGCGUCUCUCUCGGGCCCCCUCGCCACCGGACAGCGACAGUGACGAGAGCCCUGGGACCACGCCUAACCAUAUGCUGGCGCCAAUUUCUCCCGGCCCGCCGCGGCCAAAAUCUCCUUCAGGCCAGCUGAAAAAGGGACCGCCGGUGCCCCCUCCACCCAAGACCCCCACCAAGGAGCUGCAUCAGGAGCAGAUCAUUGACCUGUUUGGGGGCCAAUUCUUACCCGCGGCUUCACCCUCACAGCCGAACGAAAGACCCGGAGAAUCUCUCCUGGACCUGGACUUUGAUCCGUUCAAGCCCGACACUAACGCCCCGAUCGGCCAGGCUGUUUCUCCGUUAACACAGCAACUACCCUGGGAUUUGUGGACUGGCAGUGUUGAACCUGUACAGCCUGCGGAAGACUCCGGCUUCGCCCCCAACUGGGCCGCCGAUUUCAGCGCGGCUCCAGAGAAUGGAGACACUGUACCGCCAGCCACCGAGGGGGCAGCCGAGGAGCUUCCCACGGCGACGGGGAAGGAGGAGGCCCAAAGCUGGCCUUCAGAGGACGGCUGGGGCGGGGAGGCCGCAGGGCAGCCCCAGGGGGCGGAAUCAGCCACAGCCGGAGACGAGGUGACCAGCAAUGCAUUUAACGGAUUUCCCCAGAUGGAAGCUACAGCCCCAACAUUUGUUGCUGAUUUUGAUAAACUGAAUGAAAGUGAGGCAAUCGAGGCCCCUGAAGCUCCUGUGCUCCCAGCUGCAAUUGCUGGGACCUCAGAGGCCCCUGGGGCUGAGUCCCAGGUGGUCCCAGAGGCAGGGGAGAUCCAGGAGACUGCUCCCACUACUGGUGAGGCUGAGGUAGCAGAGAUCCAGGUGACUGCUCCCCCUACUGGUGAGGCUGAGGUAGCAGAGAUCCAGGUGACUGCUCCCCCUACUGGUGAGGCUGAGGUAGCAGAGAUCCAGGUGACUGCUCCCCCUGCUGGUGAGGCUGAGGUAGCAGAGCUCCAGGAGACUACUUCCCCUACUGGUGAGACUGUGGUAGCAGAGAACCUGGAGGCUGCUCCCCCUACUGGUGAGGCUGAGGAAGCCGAAAGUGCAACCAGCCCUAAUGUGGAGAAGCCUGCUUCCACUGAGGCGUCCCCAGUGUCGGAGGAGGCUGCACCAACUGAGAUCUCCCCGGGUGAAGAGGCUGAAAAAGCAUCCCCCAGCAAAACAGUUACCCUGGAAUCCGUUCCAACCCUGGAGGAAGUCAAUGAGUCCCCUUUGGAGGAGACUCUGGAACCUGUGGAAGCUAAAGGGUCUCCUCAGGAAGAGACGCCGACUGUAGUUGCUGAACAAGUGGAUGAAAACUUUAAAGAGGCUACUGGAGCCAAUGAGGGCACGGCAGAAGCUAAGCCGAAUGAGGAGAAGAUGCCUAUUCCCUCAGUGGUGAUUGAGCCAGCCUCCAGCAACGAAGGUGACGAUGACCGUGACAUCGUUGACAUCAUUUCCCCAACGGCCAUCAGCGACAACGGAGUGAUAUCAGACAGCCAGGCGGCCAAAAACAUAAACGCCUCCGACGGCCCACCGGGACUCCCUCCUGGCUAUCUUUACAAGGUGGAGACCCUGCAUGACUUUGAAGCUGCCAACUCAGAUGAACUGGACCUAAAGAGAGGUGACAUAGUUCUAGUUGUCCCCACGGCUACAGUGGAAGACCAGGAUGCGGGUUGGCUAACAGGUAUCAAGGAAAGCGACUGGUUGCACCUGGGGGCCUGUGCCCAUCAAGGACUCUUCCCAGAAAACUUCACCCAGCGCUUGGAGUAACCAUCUGGGCACGGAGUAAAGAGAUGCAGGACGUGGAGAGGGAGUCUGUGACCUCCAGGCGGCGUCUAGCCGAUCGUCUGCCGACCCGUCUGUGACCUCGUCUACACAGACAGACCAAGGCCCUCACUAAUAGGGACAAAAACACAAUCGACAAAAACCAAACCAAGUGUGGAUAAACACUAGUACCUACUCGAAGCAUAACGUAAAAUGAGCAUGAUGCGAUAGUAUGGUCUACCCUCCUCUCCGAAUUGAGACGUUUUACUUGUUUUGUUCGUUACCCUGUAAGCAGCGGCGAAUUAAUGUGUGCUUUGUUGGAAUUGUGGUGACCUCCACAUGUAAAUCCCUGUCUGUUUCAAGGAAAAACAAAAACGAGAGAUUCCUCCUUACAAAAAAAAAAGUUACCUUAUCUUCUCUGCACCAAGUGUAUUGUAUUGAUUUGUUGCUCUGCAGCGGAAUUUAUCAGAAUCUGUAGUGCUUUGAUCUAUUGAAGCGUUCUUAAGUGUUACUCAAGACUAAGUGUUUUCUUUGAGACAUUUAAGCCAUAAAUGUUACCUUGCAUCAUUGUUAGUGUUCUGUUGUGAUGUCACGGCUGUGAGUGUGCGGCUAUGGUGGUGAUUUCUUUGGCGUAAUCUGUUGGCCUUGUUCAUGGACAAGACGUGCUGUGCUCUUGCCAAAACAUAACUGACGUUGCCGUUCUUAACAUCAAAAUGAACGUCCAAAUGAGUUUCCAGCAUGAAAAAUGAUGUUAGUGAUGAAGCUGAGAUCCAGGAACUGGCAGAUGAAGCUUUUGCAAAGUAAAAUAUCUAUAUAAAACAACAACUAUGUAGCUCCCGAACACAAGUCAAAGUAUAUCCUUACACCUUAUAUCUGCAAUUGCAUAUUUACAAGAAACCAAGUCAACCAGUGGAAGAUCUAUGAAGAUAUUUAUUUGUGAAUGAAAUGUUAUGAUAUAUUGUAUUUAUUGAACUUUAUAUUUUUUAAGUUUAAGAUCACUGGGAAGGUGCUGGGAGAGAAAUCAGAUAUGCAAUAUAUGUCAUUGGUUUAUAUAGGGUCCCAAUAGUUCAUCUGUUCAGUAUAGCAAUGAAUAUGGCGUCACUCCUGUGUUCGUACAGAUAGCCCUCACUGUAGAGCCUUUUUUGUGAUAUACAUAUCUGUGGUUAUUUAUCUAAAGGUGAAUAAAGAAUAGUUCUUACGUUACAGCUCA